AUGUAUAACCACUGCGAUGGAAACAACUCUGAGUUGCCUCUUCAACCUAUUGAUAAUGAUAAUUCUGAUCAGCUUUCUCUGUCUUUCCGUGGUCAAGUCUAUGUCUUUGAAUCUGUCACUCCUGAUAAGGUUCAAGCGGUGUUGUUACUGUUGGGUGGAUCUGAACUGCCUCAAGCGGGUACACGAUAUGUGGAUGCCGUGCCUCAACAAACUCAGAGACUCAACCUUGUUGAAAGUCUCCGUUCCAACCUCGCCGUUCUUCUCCCCAACGUUGAUUCGCUUUCAAGGGCUUCCAACGAGGAAGACGCCCAUGUUCUCAUUUUUGACCGCGUUGCUUCUCAUCCAAACGCACUCCGCCGUACCCAGCCAUCCCUCUUCAACCUGCGUCUCAGACUUCGCUCCGACUGCAUCACAAUCCAGCGGCGCCGGCGGCAUACCCUCACUCCCUAG